AUGGAGGCUUUGGAAGAAGAUGCGAGGAAGAAAGAGGAGGAAAAAGAUGGACAAAAGUCAAGACGAAAAAAAGAAGAAUUUGUUAGAAAACGGGUUGACAAAGAAGAGAUACCAGGGGAGGAAAGUAGCUCAAUGCGGAAAAUAAAGGAGGAGGAACAAGUUAAGGAAGAUCGCAGAAGAAGAAGGGAACAAAAGAAGAAACGCAAAGAAUUGUCAAGUAAACAGGAGGAAGAUGGAAGCGAUUACGACGAAACCUCACAAAAAGUUAGAAAAGCACCAGAAGAGCAAUCAGGUUCCCCAGAUAGCAGCAGAAAACAAGCAAUAUCAGACUUUUCUUCUUCCGUUAGUCGUGGACUGGUUGGCGAAUUAGACGUGAGCGAAAGUGCUAAGAGCAGAAAAAGGAGAGAGCGUAGAGAGAAGAAGAAAAAAGAACGACGAGAGCAUUACGAAGCACCUGCAGAUGAACAGCAGAUGUUUGAAUCUAUUCGAAAUAUAAUGCCUCGUGAAGAAAAGCCAUUUCAACAAAAUCGAACGGAUAUGAGCAAGUCGCGGCCUCCUAUUUCUACUGCAGCCGCUUCUCAGCAACCAUUAAAGGGCAUUGCUAAAAGCGUAUACAUUGGGGUCUGCAAUUUUGCAAAAGCCGAGGAGCAAGUGGAGAAAAGAUCAGAUUUUCGCGUUUAUCAUCAGCUCGCUCACCGUCCCCUACUUGAUGAUUUAGAACAAGAAUUACCGCUGAUUGUCGUUUACAAAACUGCCAAUGGAUCAUUUAGACACUACCCCAUCCGUCGCCGCAAAGUUGGCGCUUCUUCAUAUUUCUACGUGGACUAUGGAGAUCCAAAAGUGCAAGCGCAUGCCUCACUCGACCAUCUCGUGCGUUAUUACCAGAUUAAUGCUCAAAGACAUCCAAACAACCGCCAGUAUGCUGAUCAGUUCCCUUGGUGGGAAGUGCAUCUAUAG